AUGAGGACUCGGGAGAUUUAUCGCUGUGCCCUUGCGACGGGUGUUGCUUUCGUGACCUGCGUCUCAGUUGCUCAGGUCACGACUGAAUUGACUAAGAAUGCAAAGGAACUCUUUGACUGGUCUAUGUAUGUCAAUGAUAACCGAUGGGAUGAUUCCUACAAGUACAUUUGGUAUUCAGACAGGGGACCUUGGUCAACGCGAUUUACGGCAUGGUAUACCGCCGGUCUAUUGUAUCGUAACCAGGGACAGGACUUGGUCAAUGCGAAAGCAGCCAUUGAAAAUAUUCUCACUUGCCAGUUGACUGAUAGCUAUGAGUCUGCUUGGUAUGGUACCUAUAAGCUUUCUCCCGACGAACCAUAUCCGACACCCGACUCGGAUUUGUAUCCCCCAGAGAUAUAUACAACUUAUGAUCCGAACUGGAGAGAGUUUAUUGGCACUCAGCUGGUGCAGAUUGUCGAGGAAUUUUCCGACUUGCUCGGAACUUCUCUCGUGUCGCGAAUUGAGGAUAGCCUGGAGAUUGCAGCUGUUGGCUCCAUGCGACGCAACGGAUCAUACCCGGAGGGAGACAACUUGACCCCAGCAUACUCCAAUCCGGCUAUCAUGCGCGCGUGGUAUGUUUCAUGGAUUGGCGACCGUCGAAAGAAUCAGACUUUUAUCGAUUAUGCCAACGAGCAAGGCGAUGCAAUCUUAGAGCUAUUCAAAUCCACGGACUCUAACGUGCUAUCUGAGUACAACGCACCAACAUACUACGGAAUGGACACAUGGGCUCUCGCCGGUGCAUUCAAAUAUGGGCCCAAAAAUGCCACCAUGACCAAGAACUCCAGAUUUAUGUUGACAGAGCUAUGGGCAGACAUCGCAGCUCACUACAAUCCAUACCUUGGCAACAUGGUCGGACCGUACGAUCGAGCCUAUACAAGGGAUAUGAUUUCAAACUCAGCUGUGAUUGAUUACUUCUGGUGGGGUCUGUUUGGGUACGGCGUUGGACCUCAACCCAAUAAGCUAGAAGCAGAUCUGCUCUUCGACAUAUCACAGGGUGCAGCCUUAGCUCUCGUCAUGGACGUUGUGAAGGAUCAUAUCUCCACGAAAGAUCUUACCUGGCUCGGAUCAAAGAAAUACUGGGAGGGCCAGCGGAUGAUCACCAAGAAAGUUCCUGACGCCCUCAGCACCGAUGGUGAGGUUCGAGUCGUCACCUCAUGGAUCACCGCCCCACUUAUGAUUGGUGCCCAGCGAGUGAAUGAAACUAUGAAUCGCGGCCAACAGUACGUACCAGCGAUUGUGCAGUGGGCCGGUGAUAAAUCUCACACCCCUCGGCCUUACAUGAGUCUGUUCAGCUUGUAUCCGACAGCGUCAACUAUUGAUGCUGUGACAGGGCCCAAUAGCCUUGACAUUUCGUACCCCAAUACUACUCAAGAUGGAACAGAUAUCUUCACCUUUGUACUCACACAGCUGCCCCCAAGCUGGACACUUGUCAAAAAGAAGGUUGUGCAAGGUCUCGAAGAUCUUCCAUGCCUCAAUGUUACUAUCAAUGCAGAGGGUCUGGAGAAGCAGCCCGUUAUCUAUGGUGCUUCCGUGGAAGAUAAUCGUGUUUAUAACAUAUCCUAUGUUGUGCCGUCCACCUUUACCGGAGUACCAAAAGUCUCGCUGAAGUUUCAAUACUCAUGUUAA